CACCAUCAUGACCAUCAUAAUCAUGAAACAAAUCAAUGCCAAUCCCAUCAUUUGGUUGCUUCAAUGAAUCCAUUUACAUCAUCAUAUCCACAUAUGAUGACGGCUGCUGCCAUGUUCAAUCAUCAUCAUCACCAUAAACAAUCAUUGAUGGAGACAACAUCAUCGAAUUUAUUAUUGACACCUCCACAUACUCCUGGAGCAAGUUCAAUGGAAAAUGGUUCAUCAUCAUCAUCAUCCGUGUCUGCAAUGUCACCACCACCUUUAAAUUUGACAAAAAUUAAACAAAAUCCUGAUAAACAAUCACAACUGCAUACUGAACCAAUGAAAAAACGAAAAUUUGAUUUUGCUAAUCUAGCAAAAUCGGCUACCGAGCCCGAUAAUGAUGAUGAUGUUCUUUAUUCGAAAAUUAAUACAAAUCAACAGAUAAAAAAUCUGAAUUGCGAUCAAUUUACGGGAGAAAAUGGUGAAAGAAAAAUAGCAAAUAACAGUAAUGGUGGUAAACGUAAAAAGAAAAAAUUCAUCUGUCGAUUCUGUCAAAGACAAUUCACUAAAUCUUAUAAUCUAUUGAUACAUGAACGAACACAUACAGAUGAACGGCCAUUCAAUUGUGACAUUUGUGGUAAAGCAUUUCGACGACAGGAUCAUUUACGUGAUCAUCGAUUUAUUCAUUCAAAAGAAAAACCAUUCAAAUGUACUGAAUGUGGUAAAGGAUUCUGUCAAUCACGUACAUUGGCUGUACAUAAAAUUUUACAUAAAGAAAUGUCACCACAUAAAUGUCAUUUAUGUGGACGUGGAUUUAAUCAACGAUCAAAUUUAAAAACACAUCUACUAACACAUACAGAUAUUAAACCAUUUAAUUGCGAUAAAUGUGGUAAAGAAUUUCGCCGUAACUGUGAUCUUAGACGACAUAUGCUCAUACAUUCUAUGUCGAAUACGAUUCAAUGUCAACAAUUGUUGUUGGAUGGCCAAAAAUCAUUGAUCAAAACAACAACAACAACAACUACGUCUAAUCAAUCACAGUCGCAACCAUCAACAAUUCAUCAAUAUAAUUCAAUUGAGUCACUUGUUGCACGUAAUUAUUGAUGUGGAAAAUUGAAAAUUUUAAAAUUUUCAAAAAUAUCGUUUCGUUUAUCGUGUAUAAAAUUUUUUUUUAUU